AUGGCCGAACACCAAAACAAGAUGUGUCUUUUCACCGCAACCAACAACGGUUUUUUUGACCCUGCAAAAUGCGGUGUUAUGAAUUUCCAAGAGAAGCAAAAACUGGUCCACGAAGUUGCUUGUCAGUCCAAAGAUGCCCCGGAAAUACUUCAAUCAUUUACCCGCCGGGAACUCCUAGAAUUAAUCUGUGCUGAAUUAGGCAAAGAAAGGAAGUACACGGGAUAUACUAAGGGUCAGAUGAUAGAAUAUCUUCUGAAAUUAAUUUCUAAGAAAUCCAACUUGUACAUCGACCAUAAUGCUCCUGCUCAUUCUCCUGCCAAAAGUUUCGUAGGAUCUAAAAGGAAAAAAGGACCCACAUCUCUGGAUUUACGUAAUGUUCAACUAGAGAACACGAAUGAGGAAACUACAAAAACCUUAGUGUGUCGGAAUGUUGCAUGCAAAGCUACACUGAAUCCAGAAGAUUCAUUUUGCAAGAGAUGUUCUUGUUGUAUAUGUCGCUGUUACGACGAUAACAAGGAUCCUAGUCUGUGGUUGACCUGCACCUCUGAUAAACCGAAUGAAGAGUCAUGUGGAAUGUCGUGUCAUUUGCAAUGUGCUUUGAGUAAUCAAAUGUCUUGCAUUUUGAAGGGAAGUCGUGGUGUAACCUUGGAUGGAAGCUUCUGUUGUGUUUCUUGUGGGAAAAUUAAUGAAUUAAUGACGACAUGGAGAAAGCAAUUAUUGGUUGCCAGAGAAGCAAGAAGAGUGGAUAUACUCUCUUUGCGAAUUUCCUUGGCCCACAGAAUUCUCACAGGAACAAAAGUAUACACAGAAGUGCAUAAGAUUGUAGAAACUGCUCUCAAAUUAUUGGAGAAUGAAGCUGGACCUCUGGAUCACGUAUACGCUAGGAUGACACGUGGAAUUGUGAGCAGGCUCUCAUGUGGUGCUGAGGUUCAGAAGUUGUGCUCUUCUGCCGUUGAAUGUUUUGAUUUAAAGUUUUCUGAACUCUUUUCUAGUUGUGAAGAAAAGAAAGAAGUACCAACAUGCUCUUUACAUUUUGAAGAGUGUCUUCCCACCUCAGUGGUCAUUGUGCUUGAAUACAAAGACAAACUCUUAAAGAACUUUCUAGGCUGCAGGCUUUGGCACAGAAUAUCAUCAAUGGACUACCCAGAACAACCGACUUUCAUUGUUUUGAGGCCGGAGAAAAGAUUCAAGUUAGAAAACCUCACACCUGCAACCGAGUACUCUUGCAAGGCUUCUAUAUUCAGCAGCACGGGGAUUUUGGGUGCAGCAGAAGCUAAAUGGGUGACACCUUGUGAACAGCCAUCAAAAUUUAUUCGACAAAUUGGAAACCAUUCAACUAUGAACAACAAAUAUUCACAAGACCAAAUUAAGAUGGCUUCUGAAAAACCUGCACUUUUAAACAUCAGGGACAGGUUUGAAGAGUUUCUGACAAAGCCUUCAACGACAGACCCUUUUUCGUGUAAGAGUUUUGUAGCAGUUCCACCUGCGACGCCUUCUAAACCGAAUGAAAUGAGACAAAUUACUGGUUUGAGUUCUAGAAAGCGCAUGAAGGAGAACGAUUAUGAGUACUCUGUGAGGGUAGUGAAGUGGUUGGAGCAUCAAGGGCACAUAGAUGAAAUAUUUAGAGUGAAGUUUCUAACUUGGUUUAGUCUCAAGGCUAAUCAGCAAGAGAGAAGGGUGGUUAGUGCUUUUGUUGAUGCACUGAUUGACGACCCUGCAAGCUUAGCAGACCAGCUAAUACACACUUUCACCGACGAAAUUUGUUGUGAGCAUAAAUCUUAG